AUGAAGUUGCAAGGAAUCAAAGGCCCUUCGUACAAAUUCCUAUAUGGAAAUACUGCAGAGAUACUCAACAUGAGAAAAGAAUCUACGGGCAAAGCAAUGAGCAAUAUGGAUCACAACAUACUCCCCAGAAUUCUACCUCAUGUACACGCAUGGGUAAACAUAUAUGGAGCGAACUUCCUCAAUUGGUUUGGUCCUCAAGCUCAACUAGUUGUUACUGAACCAGAGGUUAUCAAAGAAAUACUGAACAAUAAAGAUGGAAAUUACCCAAAAAUAGACCUUGAAGGCUUUGCAAAGAAGCUGUUGGGAGAUGGGCUUUCAUCAUCGAAAGGUGAAAAGUGGGCAAAUAUGCGAAAAGUAGCCAACCAUGUUUUCCAUGCCGAGAGCCUCAAAAAUAUGGUUCCGGCAAUGAUCUCAAGUGUAGAGAUGAUGCUAGAGAAGUGGAAGGAAUACGAAGGAAAUGAGAUUGAAGUAUUCGAAGAGUUCAGGGUACUGACAUCAGAAGUCAUUUCGAAAACAGCAUUUGGAAGCAGCUAUUUGGAAGGGAAGAAUAUAUUUGAUAUGCUGAUGAAGUUGACUGUAUUAGUAUCCCGAAAUGUUCACAAAAUCAAUUUCCCUGGCAUCGGCCGCUUUGUGAAAAGUAGUGAUGAAAUAGAAUCGGAGAAACUCGAGCAGGGGAUACAAGAUUGUAUUGUAAAAAUAAUAGCUCAAAGAGAGCAAGGUAGGGAUGAGAGAGACAAAAGCUUCAAGAGUGAUUUUCUUGGAAAACUCUUACAAGUUAACGAGGAGACUGAUCGAUACAAGAGGAUGUCAAUAAAAGCUAUAGUUGAUGAGUGCAAGACAUUCUAUUUUGCUGGACACGAAACAACAACAGCGUUGCUAGCAUGGACAGUUCUUCUUCUAGCUACAAACGAAGAGUGGCAAGACAGCGCAAGGCAAGAGGUGAUUAGACUAUUUGGACAGACAAAUCCUAAUCAAGACGCCAUUGCAAGACUGAAAAUUAUAAACAUGAUCAUUGAGGAGUCAUUGAGGCUUUACCCUCCAGUGCCUGCAAUUAAGAGAAAGGUUUCUAAGGAAGUUCAACUAGGAAACUUAACUCUUCCACCCAAUACAGAGCUACAAAAACCCUACUGCAGGGUUCGCCCUUCCGUUGUUCCUUUAAGCCUUCAAGAAACAAUGUUGGCUACCAAAACCCUUCCUCUGACUUCGCCUCUGUCCACACCCUCAAAAAUAUCUGAUGAUUUUGCACUCUCAUUCAAGAACUUCAUUCCGGUCUCGAAAUGCAAUGGAAAACACAAAAUCACAUGUCUCAGUUCAUCGUCACAAUCAGUAAUUGCGCCAGAAAUGAGUACACAGUCCAUCACGGCACAAACCCGGGUCAAGAUUUUAUCCGAAGCAUUACCCUUUAUUCAGAAAUUCCGUGGCAAGACUAUAGUAGUUAAAUAUGGAGGAGCUGCGAUGAAGUCCGAGGCACUCCAGGCUUCUGUAAUUGCGGACAUUGUCCUCCUCUCAUGUGUUGGCCUCCGCAUUGUCUUUGUGCACGGUGGUGGGCCUGAGAUCAACCAGUGGCUGGGAAAACUCAGCAUCAAGCCCAAUUUUCUUAAUGGCCUUAGAGUCACCGAUGCAUCCACCAUGGAAAUUGUGUCGAUGGUGUUGGUUGGUAAAGUGAAUAAACAUCUUGUUGCUUUGAUCAACAAAGCUGGUGCCACUGCAGUUGGCUUAUCUGGGAUCGAUGGUCGGAUUUUGACAGCUCGGCCCUCUCCCAAUGCUGCAAAGCUUGGGUUUGUUGGGGACAUUGCCAGUGUUGACCCCUCUAUAAUCCUGCCACUCGUGGAUAAUAACCACAUCCCAGUGAUUGCCUCUGUAGCGGCUGAUGCAACAGGACAGUCAUAUAAUAUUAACGCAGACACGGCUGCUGGUGAGCUUGCAGCGGCUUUGAGUGCGGAGAAGUUGAUUCUGUUGACUGAUGUGGCGGGGAUAUUGGAGGACCGUGAUGAUCCAGGGAGCUUGGUGAAGGAGAUUGAUAUCAAAGGGGUGAAGAUGAUGAUGGAGGAUGGGAAGAUUGCAGGUGGGAUGAUCCCCAAGGUGAACUGCUGCGUAAGGUCUCUGGCCCAAGGUGUUCGGACAGCUAGUAUAAUCGAUGGGCGGUUGGAGCAUUCACUACUUCUCGAGAUUCUAACUGAUAAAGGGGCUGGAACGAUGAUCACUGGGUAA